AACCAUAGCCAAUAGAAGUUUGAUUUCGACCACAACGAAUAAACAUUUUUCAGAAGAAAAUGAAGCAAGCAAUUCACAUUUUUGCUGUUGUAUUAAUUUUGGUUAAAUUUUCCGAUUCGAUCCCGUUGUCAUUAACACUUUACCACAGUGAGUAUUAUCUUGGAGAAAAUGUGGAAUUCACUAGAACGCAUACCGACGCUUCGUGUGUCAAUGAUCUUAUCGGAACCGUCCAUUCUCAAUGUUCAACGGGAUAUUGGAUCUACUCGGGCUCUAAUACAACAUCUUUUACCAUUGGACUUAACGAAAAUAGAACUUGCACUCGAUUUUCAUCAAGUGAUCGCUACACGUCUGUGUACGGUGUUCGCCGACUGGGCCCAGAAGAUACUACCAAUAAAGCCAUAGUGUUCUACUCAGGUACCGGUGUGACGGAUUACCUAAUCAACGAAAAACUGGCCGAAGCAAAUAUCACCGUUCCAAUGAAUUUAGCGGCCUCAGUUAUUAUAACGUAUGGCAGUUCCAGUUGGACCUUAUUUGAGGACAAUAAUUUCAAUGGCAAAAUGGUUUGUUUGGAAACACCAGAUGUGACUCGUUUGUCAAAAAUGUAUGAUUCACAUGUGAAUUUGACGAGCGUGGGUUCGCUGAUAAAAGGUUGUGAUCUUCCAUAUGAAUUAUUAGUCGAACUUAGAAGAAGCGUACAAUGAUGUGAAAUAAACAAGCAAAAGAGUGGACAGAGCAUUUGAUGUUUUGAAUUUAAU